AAAGAGCAUAGUUUCAUUUGAACUCUCUCAGCUCCAACAUGAAGAUUUUCCUUUUCGCCGCUCUUGUUGCCGUUGCUGCCGCUGGUGGAGUAUACCAAAACGACCCCUACGCCAAAGGUGAUGGUUACCAGCCGAUGAACUACGGUCAGGGCUACAAAAAGGACAACAAGCAAGACUACAACAAUGAUUACAAUCAAAACAAGAAAGAUUAUUCUGGCCCCGACUAUUAUGCGUCUCCACAACCCUACGACUUCGCCUAUAAAGUAAAGGAUGACUAUACAUACACCAACUUCGGCCAACAAGAGUCUAGUGACGGCUAUGGAAACGUUAAGGGAUCCUACUUCGUCUAUCUCCCCGAUGGCACAACUCAGACCGUCAACUACAAGGCCGAUUCUUACGGAUACGUUGCUGACGUGCAAUAUACCGGAGAACCCAAGUACGGCGACAACUACGCACCGGCUCCGUACAAGGGUUCUUCUUCUUACUCUUCACCCAACCCCUCAUACAAGGCUCCUUCUUCUUACCCUUAUCCUACCCCCUCAUACAAUGCCCCUUCAUACAAGGCUGAAUACCCACCAAGCUACCCAUCUACUCCGUACAUGACAGAUAAAUACCCAGCUCCAUCUGCUUAUCCAAAGGCCUCUUACCAAAACAAUUACAAAUCAUCUAAGCAGUACUAAUCGGGUACUAAACAAUGCUGUGCCUCUGUUGACGACCAAUUCUUGUACAACAUAUUUUAUUCAUAAUUAUUUGUAUGGAGACAAAGAAAUAAAUAGAAUUAUUCGACAUA